CACCGAUACCAUUUUAACGGAAAGGCUUAAAGUAUGUGUUAUAAGCCACUACCAAGUGACUUGUGGAGUUAGCUGUUGAGUCAAGAUGCCAUGAAAUGAAAUGAAAAAAGAAGAUAUUGCCGGAGAGCCGUGAUAAACGUGGCGCCAUGUCACACAGCACUUAUGGCAGAAUGUGGGCGGUAGCCCAGGGAACCCUGGAAAAUCUGCUGGAGGAGGAGCUCCCCUCGACCCCGCCCCGCCCGCGAAAGGACCGGCUCCUGGUCUUCCAGGGCCUGGCCACAUUCUACGUGAAGUACCUGCAGAUCCUGCGCAGCCUGGAGGCGGUGUACGACCAGAUGGUGCACCCACAGAAGCGGCGCGUGGUGCGGCAUGUGCUGGACGGCGUCAUGGGCCGUCUGCUGGAGCUCAAGAACGAGAUGGUGGAGCUGGAGUUCUCGGAGUUCCACUACUACGACGACGUGCUGCAGGACCUCAAGCUAACCCCUGGAGACCUGGAGGUGCCCAUCCCACGGUACUUUGUGAGUGAGAAGCUGCGUGUGCUGCGAGAGCGGGAAAAGUUACUGGCCCACAUUCUGGCCCGUGGGGGACACCUGGAGCCAGAGCUGGAUGUCCAGGUGCGCACUAUGUCCCUGGAGGAGGCGGUGCGCCUGGUCCAGGUGUGUGAGCGGGCGCGACAGGGCCGGCUCAGAGCCCGCUUCAUGAGGGAGAUCCGGAGGGAGGAGGAGAAGGACCGCCUGGGCCGGGUCCGAAACACCAGCACCAUGAGCCAGGACGAGGCGGCUACACGCAUUCAGAAGGUGUGGCUCGGGUACAGAGCGAGGAAAAGGACGACAAAGGAACGGAUGGAGGAGAUGGUGUUUCUGGGGAUGGUGCCCCCACCGCAGCAGGUGAGGCAGAGUGCGACGCAGGUGCGGGCUCUACAGGUGGAGAGCACCCGCCGGUUGGUUCAGGAGCAGCACGAGGAUGAGUUCCAGCGGGCGCUGGUCAGCGUCAAGGAGUCGGUGUGGGCGGUGGACGCGCCGGACAUGCGCGAGACCAUGCAGGAGCAGAUCCGCCAGUGGUUCCUCGAGUGCCGUGAUGCUACAGGGAAAUUUCCCGACUUCCCCAGCGCUGACGAGGGGGGGUCCGCUGCCAUAUUUGCACAGAAGACGCCUGAGCAGGUUGCUGCUGAACUGGCUGCCAAAGAGGAGGAGAAGGAAAAGAGGAGGAAGAACAAAGGGAAGAAAGACAAGAAGCCUGGGAAGGAGAAGAAGGACAAGAGUAAAGAGAAGAGGGGAAAAGGCAGAGGCAGAAAAGAUGCAGAUCCAGAGGAGGAAGAGAAGGGCUGGAAAAUGCCUCCGAGCAAUUUCCUUCCCACCGUGGUCGAGGGGACAAAGGCAUACAAAGAGGUGUGGAGUGGGCGGGACGAGAGCCAAAACUUCACACAGCGCUUUGAUGCCCAGCUGGUGCGGGACGAGAAAAGGGCAGAGGUGGAGGAGGAGGUCAGAGUUCAGGUUGAUGAGCUGAUGAGACAGGAACUGAAGAACCUGAAGAUAGCAGUGGACCGAGUUAAGGAAAAGAAGAAGAAGAAGGGCAAGAAAGGCAGCAAAAAGAAGAAGAAGAAAGGGAAGAAGAGUUCCAAGAAGAAGAAAAGGAAGGAGAAAGACCAGACUGCAGACAGGUCAAUAGAAUCACUUUAUGAGGAGCUGGUUUUAGAGGGAUUCCUGAUCAAGCCCAUGAAUGUCAAGCUUUCUGAAUACAUUGGAGAAUACAGCUACCUGGCAACCACCCUUCGGCAAGCUGACAUCGAGCCCAUGCCCUCUCUGUCAGACGUACGGCAGCUCAUCGCUCUGUAUGGGAUCCUGCCACUAGGAUCCCAGGCCGUGCACGAGAGAGCUCCUCUGGUGAAGACCAUGCUGCUGGCUGGCCCUUCAGGCGUGGGUAAGAAGAUGCUGGUGCACGCCCUCUGCACUGAGACUGGAGCCAACCUCUUCAACCUCUCCCCGGGCAACCUGGCUGGGAAAUACCCAGGCCGGAGCGGCCUACAGUACCUCCUGCAUGUAGUGUUCAAGGUGGCUCGUCUGCUCCAGCCCUCAGUCAUCUGGAUCGGCGACGCAGAGAAAACCUUCUAUAAGAAAGUCCCCAAGCAGGAAAAGGAGUUAGAACCCAAAAGGCUAAAGAAAGACCUCCCAAAGCUGCUGAAGUCCAUAAAGCCGGAGGACCGUGUGCUGAUCGUGGGGACCACGCGCCGCCCCUUUGACGCUGACCUCAAGACCUUCUGCAAAGUCUACAGGAAGAUCAUCUUGAUCCCAAGACCAGACUAUGCCUCCAGGCUAACCCUGUGGAAACACCUCUUGCAGGAGCACGGAGGGAAACUGACGGCAGCCCUGGACCUGAGCUCCCUGGCCAAAGUGACGGACGGCUACACGCAGGGUCACAUCCUGCAGGCGGUGCGGGCGGUGCUGAGCCAGAGGCGCGUGGGCCAGCAGAGACGCAGGCCCCUGAGCGCCCUGGAGUUCAUCCCCGCCCUCGCCCGCCAGGACCCCGUCUACAAGGAGGAGGAGGAGGCCUUCAAGGCCUGGUACAGCAAGACCCCAAUGGGCAAGAAGAGGGCACGGGCUGCCAAGACCAGCGAGGAGGAGGGCGAGCCGGGCAAAGGCAGGGAGAAAGGAGGAAAGGGUAAACCGAGAGGCAAGGAAGGGAAGGGGAAGACGAAGAAGAAAAAGAUGAAGAAGAAGAAGACAAAGAAGUAA